GAUGUUGACAAACUGUACUGUUCUCAUUUUACCAUCUGGAUCCCUGUCCUUCAGUCCAUUUUUCUAUCUACUUCACUAUCUAGCUGUAUAACUACUACACAGCGAAAUGUUCCUAAAGAGUAACUGGCAUGCAUUCAGAGUGCCAGUGAUGAAUGGCCUGGGGUUCCUCUGGGCCUCCUACUCUACUCCAACUCCACAGAGUGUCAAACAAGUCUUCACCCUCCUGCUCCUCUGUUUGAUCAUUUCCAUGAGCACUGGUGCUCUACUCUUCCACUGGCUAAGUGGGCUCUUAGAGUACCACCCCAAGACUGCGGGCAUCGCCACAGGCAUCUACACAGUAGCCAUCUUGAUUAUCUCAUUUCUCGUACAUCCUUUUCGUUGUGCAUUCACACUGAUGUUUCCAACGCUGGGCACCCAACAGGGACGCAAACUUGUUCUCUCAUUGUGCGUGAUGAUUGUGCUGGUUUAUGUUCUGCCGAACAUUGCCACUAACAUAGUUGAACUUACACAUCUCAUGAAGUGCACAUCAGAGAACGUCGCUCACAGUGUCCUCAAUUCAUCGGCAUUAAGCAACAUCAUAAAGAGUGAUCUGGUUUCUAAAGUUAAAAAUAUUCAGAAUUUAGGUUUGGGGGAUUUCGUGGAGCAGCUAAGUAGUUUUAACCACCGCACAGACAUUGACGUGACUGGUCUAAGAGAAAAUCUGAAAAGUUUAAGCAGACACGUUGGGCAGGAUUUUUCCAAGGCCAUACAUCAACUAGAGGCACUGAAGCUCCUAUCAAGCAGAAUACUUGCUGCUGGUUUAGUAAUCUACCUUUUUAUGGAUUCAUCCAUUUACCUGAAGUCAUACCUGACAUCUGUGAGAUUUGAUAAUGUCUACAUUACUGGGCUGCUCAAAAAAAAUGCAGACAAGAGAGGAAUCCAAGUGGAGGCAAAUGAUGUGAAAAAUGGAGUGAACGUCACCAGCUUCAGAAUGUCGAAAAGAGAACUCCUUAAGUGUUUACUUCCCGUUCUCAUGAUCACAUUGUAUCUGUUGAUGACGAUUGUGCUUCUAGUAUUUGACCAUAUAGUGCAUUAUGCUGUGGUAGCAGGCGGGCCUUGGCUUUUGGACAUUCCACCUACUGACAUUUCCAUGGACAUCCAUUUUAAGGUUUAUUUUAAGCAUAACACCUGUGAGAUAUUUGGAUGCAAACCCUCAGAAGUGGUGAACUUCGUCAAAAUGUACAAUGCCACCAUUAGCUCUGAUGUGACUCAGUGCAAGACCACGCCAAACAAGCUGAAAGAAGAUGUGAUAUUCGCACUGCUCCUGCUCUACUUCCUCAGUUACUGUCUCACUUUCCUGGAGGUCUACGCUCGACGCCUUCGCAGGAAAGUGGCCUCUUCUUUCUUCCAGGUGCAGGAGGAGAAAAGAAUAACAUUUCUUAUUGAUCAGAUUAUGAACAAGAAGAAGAGAAGACAGGCCAAACAAGCAGAACUUGAAAGUACUGAGAGCAUUAAGCAGGGGAAUGAUAAGAGACUAUUCAUGAUUUUACCUCUUUCUAGAUUAUAUGCAUGUUUUCCUGCAAGAAAAGACAAUGCAGUCAAGCACACUGAUGAAAUCAAGCAGUCAGAUCACUGACUGUACUGGUCGAAACUGAAAAGUUAGCUUCGUUAUAUUUGAAUAUUUGGCUGCAAAAUAUUUUAUGUAGACUUAUUUAUGGUAAGGGGAGCACAGCGAUGCAGAGGGUAGCAUUGCCACUUCACAGCUCCAGGUUCUCCAGUUGGAUCCUGAGCUUGGGUUACUUUCUGUGCAGUGUUUUUCUGUGUAGUGUUCUCUCUGUGUCUGUGCAGGUUUCUCCAGGUUCUCCAGUUUCCUCCCACCUCUCAAAAAGGUGCUGGUAGGUGUAUUGGUUACUCUAGAUUGAGGAGCUUUUGAAAAGGAAAGAAAGGAACACAAAUUUAUGCUUUACACAAAUCAAUUUUGUACCAUUAAAACCUUGUAAUUUUGAUC